AUGUCCUUGUUUCGUUGCGGUCUCACCGUUCAAAAGAAAAAAGUAACGGAACGUCCAAACAAUUCUGAUGCCUCUGAAGAAAUUCAGCCUGCUGUUCCGGCCUACUUUCCAAGCCAAGAAAGCACUUCCUUGGACAAUGUCGAAAAUCAUGCAGUGGAAUCGUCCGUUGCGAGCUUGUUUAAUCCUCACUCGACUGACGGUUCCUCGGUUACGUCAGCAGCAAGAAAACGUGGAAAGUACCAACUCUAUUCGGCUGAAACACGCGCCAAGAUUGGGAAAUAUGCCAGUGAGAAUGGUAAUUCGAAAGCCAUGAAUCAUUUCAAGGAGGAAUUCCCAACAUUAAAGGAAAGCACUGUAAGAACGUUCAAGCAGGCUUAUGAGAAGAGUCUACGUGAGGAGAACAAAAAAGGUAACACAGACGCGACUGUCAUUGCUACCCCGAGUGACACCCGUGGGCGGCCACCAAUAUUCCGUGAACUGGACAGUAAAUUAAUCUCUCUUCUUAGGAGCAUUAGAAGCAGAGGUGGAGUAGUUAAUUUCUGUGUCGUGGAGGCAAAGCUCUGGCGCUUGUUGAUAGUAAUAAGACGCCACAUUUAAGACAAUUUAAGCCUACAGUGACUUGGGUGAAGUCCAGUUAUAGGCGCUGCAGUUUUACUCGCCGAGCUGCAACAACCACUCGUCCUCCAGUUCCCAGAGGGUCCCAGAGGGAUGUUUGAAGAAUGUAAACUUACAUUUCUCACUGACAUUAACAAGAUGAUUACAGAGAACAAAAUUCCUCUUGAGUUGGUGUUAAAUGCGGAUCAAACUCCUUGCUCGUACGUUUCCGUCGGGAGAAUGACGAUGGCUGCAAGAGACGCAUCGUCAGUUCCAAUUAAAGGUCUGACUGAUACGACAAACAUCACUCUCACCUUUGUUGUCACUUUAUCAGGAGAAUUCUUACCCAUGCAAGUCAUAUACCAAGGUAAAACAACAGCCAGCCAACCAAGAGGUUUUAAAUUCCCCAGAGGAUUCGCAAUUUACCAGAGUCCGAAACAUUACUGUAAUGAAGAUGAAACUCUAAUCUUGAUAGAUAAAGUAAUUGUCCCCUAUGUCGAGAGGAAAAGAAAGGAGCUCAAACUGGCGCCAACUUAAAAAGCUCUGCUGAUCUGGGAUGUGUUUAGAGGCCAAAAAACUGUAAAGGUUUUGAAGAAAUUGGCAUCACUAAAUAUUGCGAUUGUGUCGGUGUCCGCCAACAUGACCCACUUCUUUCAGCCUCUGGAAAUCACCAUCAAUAUGGAGGCCAAGAGAUUUAUGAAGGACAAGUUUACGACAUGGUACUCGGACGAAGUAAAGCAGUAA